AUGACAGAAAAAGCUGAAUGGAUUGUACCACUGACAGUAAAUGAGACAAUAAUUCCAUUCAAAUUAGAUACAGGUGCACAAGUUAACCUGUUGUCUAUGAAUGACUACGAAACCCUCAAAGUUAAAAACAAAAUACAUUCAACAAAAAUAAAAGUAACAGGAUACACAGGUGAGGAUGUCCCUGUCAAAGGAAUCUGCCUAGUGACACUGAAACAUAAAGGACAGCUGCUAAAGACACAAAUGCUGAUUGUGGAAAAGAGCGUUCAGCCAAUUCUGGGACUGAGCACAUGUGAAAAACUGGACUUGUUGAGGAGAGUGUUUGUAGUGACAUCACAAUGCAAAACAGAUGAAACUUCAUUUAUGGAGGAGUAUAAGGAUGUUUUUAAAGGACUCGGAUGUCAGCCUGGGGAACACAGAAUAAAUACAGAUGGCGCUGUGACUCCUGUAGUGCACGCAUGCAGAAAAGUUCCAUUUGCAUUACGAGAAAAGCUCAAAGAGGAAUUAGCUCGCAUGGAGAAGCUGGAUGUCAUUAAGAAAAUCGAUGAACCAACAGACUGGGUGAGUUCACUAGUCAUUGUGCUCAAGAAGAAUGGCUCUUUGAGAAUAUGUCUUGAUCCAAGAGAUCUCAACAGGGCCAUAAAACGUGAACAUUUUAAACUACCAACUAGAGAAGAGAUUAUGUCUCAGUUCGCUGGAGCAAAGUGGUUCAGUAAGCUUGAUGCGUCGUCUGGAUUCUGGCAAUUGAAACUUGAUGAAGCAAGUUCUAAACUGUGUACCUUCAAUACGCCAGAAGGCAGAUAUCGUUUUCUCCGUCUACCUUAUGGUAUUCUAUCAGCACCUGAAGUAUACCACAAAACAAUCCACAUGAUUUUUGAACACCUACCAGGGGUAGAGACGAUGAUGGAUGACAUAAUUGUGUGGGGUUCCGACCGCCAGGAGCAUGAUGCAAGAUUGAGGCAGGUCCUGGAGCUAAUAAGACAGUCGAACCUAAAAUUAAACAAGGAGAAAUGUGAGUUUGCAGUCAAGAGCUUAACUUUCGUGGGAGAUGUUUUGUCUGAGGAUGGGGUCAGGCCAGACCCAAGAAAAACUUCAGCAAUAGUCAACAUGGAACGGCCUCAAAAUAAAGAGGAAGUCAGGAGAUUCCUCGGAAUGGUCACAUACCUGGCCAAAUUCAUUCCCCAGCUGUCAACGCAUUCAGCUCCACUCAGAUGUCUCCUCGAGCAAAAGAAUGAAUGGAUGUGGCUCACGAGCAGGAGAUGUGCUUUCAAAAAUUGA